CUCCCUAGUGGGGCUAUAAGUUAAAGCUGGUCCCUUAGACCCUUACUCCGUUAUAAAUACCCUCUAACCUCAUCAUCAACCAACACCUGCAAGUUCUUAAAAACAUAACUUGAUAGCCAAAUCCAUAGCCAUAGCAGUUACCUUCUUAAUUAUGAAGAACGACGCCAUUCUUCUUUACCCAGCUCUCGAUAGAGGCCAUUUCCUUUCCAUGCUUGAGCUUGCAAACCUCAUUGCCACUCACCACCCUUCCCUCUCCAUCAUCUUCCUCAUUUCUACUCCACCUACACCCACCACCAUCCAAAAACAAUGUCUCUCCGCCCUCUCCACCGCCGCGCCCUCCAUCACCUUCCUCCACCUCCCUCCAGUCACUCUCCCCGCCGACCUCCACCCACACAUCCUCUGCAUCGAACUCUCUCGCCGCAGCAACCACAACCUUCACCAACUCCUCCACUCCAUUUCCAAAACCUCCAACAUCAAAGCCAUUGUUUUGGACUUCAUGAACUCCACCGCCGCUACACAAGUCACCAACAGGCUCAAUAUCCCUACCUACUUUUACUUCACUUCAUGUGCUUCCUCUCUCUCCACUAUCCUUCAUUUUCCAACUCUUCACGAAACCACCACAACAUCCUUCAAGGAUUUUCCCAUGCAGAUUCAAAUUCCUGGGCUACCCAGAAUGUCCACCGAUGAUUACCCCGAUUUAACUAAGGAUCGUGAGAGUAGCAUUUACCGUGUUUUCCUUGACAUAUCCAAGACCAUGAGAGACAGCGAUGGGAUCAUCGUCAACACCUGUGACGCCAUUGAAGCAAGAGCUAUAAGAGCUUUGAGUAACAAAGAAAUGAAUAACAAGACACCAGAACUAUUCUGCAUCGGACCCAUGAUUUCGAACACGUGCGAGAAUGACGAGAAAGGGUGCCUGAGUUGGCUCGACUCGCAGCCGAGUCAGAGCGUGGUGCUGCUGAGUUUUGGAAGCUUGGGAACGUUCUCCAAGAAGCAGUUGAAGGAGAUAGCUAUGGGGUUGGAGAAGAGCAAGCAGAGAUUCUUGUGGGUGGUGAGGGCUGAAGCUGAGUCAGAUAACUCGGAACCGAGUCUGAACGAGUUGUUGCCGGAAGGGUUCUUGGAGAGAACGAAGGAGAAGGGAAUGGUGGUUAAGGAUUGGGCCCCACAGGCAGCGAUACUGAGUCAUGACUCGGUGGGUGGGUUUGUGACUCACUGCGGUUGGAACUCGAUCUUGGAGGCUGUUUGUGAAGGAGUGCCAAUGGUAGCGUGGCCUCUCUAUGCAGAGCAAAAGAUGAACAGAGUGAUUAUGGUGCGAGAAAUGAAGGUUGGUUUGGAGGUGAAGGAGGAUAAAGAUGGGUUGGUGAGUGCAAGUGAAAUCGGUGCUGUGGAAGCAAAAGAUGAAGGUGGAUCUUCUCGUCUUGCUUUGAACAGGUUGGUUCAACUUUGGAAGUCAACUUGAAGUGUUAAAAUAAGUAGUUGACUAUUUACAUAAGAGAAAGUUAUCUUUGUGUAAUCAUCUAUUAAAUAAUUGAAAAAAUUUAAGGGGUAGCAAUUUUAUUGAAUUUUGACUAGUAUAUAAUCAGUAGAAAAAGAUGAGUCAUUGAAUGAAAUCUCACACCAAUCU